UUUCAUUCAAAUAGAACCGUAAAAAUAAAAAUACAAACAAAAAAACAAUAAUCAUUUCGGACUUUACAAAUUCAAAACAGAAGCACCUCUCAAAAAAAAAAGAAGCCGAUUCCCGGUUUUCCAGAACAAACAGAAGAUAGAGAGAGGAGAGAGGAGAGAGGAGAGAGGAGACAGAGAGACAGUGACACUCAAAGCAAAAGACUACAAAUCACUCUCUCUCUCUCUCUCUUCUGUGCCCACACCUUGCAGCUGUCUCCAGCCCAUUUCCCUCCCGAUUCCCAUUCCCCCACCUUUAUAUAAUCCCUUCUCCUCCCUCAUCCUCUCUCCAUUCUUCCCCACACCAACAAAAUGACACUCCCCAAAAAUAUCAUCUCCCUCUUCCUCCUCCUCGUCCUCGCACGUGACAGCGGAUUCGCACGUGCCAAUGCCAGUCCUUCAGUUCAGUCUCUGAACACUCACGAGCUCAUCAACCCGAAGCUGCCGCCUCGCGCCAUCUCCUCCUCCAAGAAGUUCGAAGGCUCGUCCGACCUCGUCCACCUCCGCUACCACAUGGGUCCCGUCCUCUCCUCCUCCCCCAUCAACAUCUACCUCAUCUGGUACGGCAAGUGGGCCCCAUCCCAGAAGCUCCUCAUCACCGACUUCAUCCACUCCAUCUCCGCCGACGCUCACUCCGCCGCCGCCCCCUCCGUCGCCGAGUGGUGGCGCACCGUCUCCCUCUACACCGAUCAGACCGGCGCCAACGUCUCCCGAAACGUCGUCAUCGCCGGCCAGUACUCCGACCUCCGCUACUCCCACGGGACCCACCUCACCCGUCUCUCCGUCCAGCAGGUCAUCGCCACCGCCGUCAGAUCCGCCCCCUUCCCGGUCGACCACAAACACGGCGUCUACCUCAUUCUCACCUCCGAGGACGUCACCGUUCAGGACUUUUGUCGAGCAGUUUGUGGGUUCCACUACUUCACCUUCCCCUCCAUGGUGGGCUACACUCUCCCCUACGCCUGGAUCGGAAACUCCGGCAAGCAGUGCCCGGAGGUCUGCGCCUACCCGUUUGCCCUCCCCGGGUACAUGGGCGGAGGUGGGCCCGGAUCUCUCUCGCCGCCGAACAGGGACGUGGGUGUGGACGGGAUGAUCAGCGUGAUCGGGCACGAGCUCGCCGAGCUGGCGUCGAACCCGCUGAUCAACGCCUGGUACGCCGGCGAAGACCCAACGGCGCCGACGGAGAUCGGAGACUUGUGCGAAGGAUUGUACGGUACUGGCGGCGGUGGCGGGUACAUUGGGCAGGUGAUGCGGGACAGGGAAGGCAGGACAUUCAAUGUGAACGGAAGCAAAGGGAGGAAGUUUUUGUUGCAGUGGAUUUGGAGCCCUGUUCUCAAGGCCUGCGCUGGGCCUAAUGCUUUAGACUAAAUUGAAUUUUGAAAAAAAAGAAAAGAAAAUUGUAUUAUUUUGAUUUUUCUUAAUUUAUAGGAGGGAUAGGAGGCGGAGGGAAUCUGGGUUUGGGGUGGCGGUGAUGGUGGUGGAGGAGCAGGAUAAAUUAAGCUUUGCUUGAGCUUAUUGUAAGUUUUUUAAUAUUAUUUUUUUAUAGUUAGGAUAUUUAGAUAUCAAAUUUUAUAGUGUAUGUUUAUAUGUUCAUAUGGUUUUCCGGCCAUUUCUUUUUUCUUCCCCGUUCGAAGGAAAUUUGCAUUUGCAA